AAGUUGAUCUAGAGUAUAACAUAACUAACCAACCCCAUCAUAAUCAACCAUCAUUAGUCAUGUCAAGAGAGGAUCCCAUCAAAGCUGAGAAAGAUUUCUCUGCCACCUUGGAUGAACAAUUCCCAAUAAUUGAACAAUUAACUGAUUAUAAAACUGCAGUUGAUAAAUAUUUAGUAUUAGAGAAACAAACUAGACAAUCAUCAGAUUUAUCAUCAUCUAAAAGAGUAUUGAUUAGAAUUGUGGAAACGUUAGUUAAGAAUGAAGAUUGGGAUUAUUUAAAUGAUUUAAUGGUAUUAUUAUCUAAGAAACAUGGACAAUUGAAAUCAUCAAUUCAAAUUUUGAUUAAAACUGUGAUUGAUAAUUUAACUUUAUUAAAUGAAGAUCAUAAGAAAGAAUUAGAUUUAAAGAUUAAAUUGAUUGAAACCAUUAGAACCAUAACUGAUAAGAAGAUUUUCGUUGAAGUUGAACGAGCUAUUGUAUCCAGAAAUUUAGCUCAAAUUUAUCUUGAUAGAUUAUCUGAUUUAGAUAAAGCAGUGGAAAUCUUAUGUGAUUUACAAGUUGAAACUUAUUCAUUAAUGCCAUUCCAUGAUAAAGUGGAAUAUAUCUUACAACAAAUCGAAUUAACAUUAAAAAAGGGAGAUUAUAAUCAAGCUAAGAUUUUAAGUCGUAAAAUUUUAUUAAAAGCAUUAAAGAAUUUUGAAGAUGCUGAUAAAUUUAAAUCGAUAUUUUUAAAAUAUUUAAUUGAUAUUGGAAUAUUUGAACAUGAUUAUAUUUCGAUUGUCAAGAAUUCAUUAUUAUUAAUUGAAAUCCCCUUAAUUAAAGAAAAUAAUGAUGAAUUAAAAGAAUUAUUAAUUUCCAUCAUUUAUUAUAUUAUAUUAUCUCCUUAUGAUCCUCAUCAAAAUGAUUUAAUUAAUAAAAUCAAAUUAAAUGCAAUUUUUAAUAAAAUAAUUGAAGAUAAAAAGAUUUUAAAAUUAUUAGAAAUCUUUACUAAUAAUGAAUUAAUUCAUUGGUCAAAUAUUGAAUCAAUUUAUAAAGAAAAUUUCCAAACUUCAUCAAUUUUCAAACAAGAAAUAAAUUAUAAAAAUUUACAAAAGAGAAUCAUUGAACAUAAUUUAAGAAUCAUUAAUAAAUAUUAUCAAUGUAUUAAAUUAGAUCGAUUAUCAUAUUUAUUACAAUUAGAUGGUGAUGAAGCUGAAUCUUAUGUGAGUGAAUUAGUUAAUAAAGGAAUGAUUUCGGCCAAGAUUAAUCGACCACAAGGAAUUGUUAUAUUUGAAAAAGUUAAAGUUAUAACUUCAAAUAGUAAUGAUAAGAAAGAUGAUGAAACUAAUAAUAAAUCAAAAUCAAGUGGUAGUGAAAUUAAUGAAUUAUUAAAUGAAUGGUGUUAUGAUAUUGAUAAAUUAUUAGAAGAAGUUGAUAGUAUUGGACAUUUAAUAACUAAAGAAGAAAUGAUUCAUGGUAUUAAACAGAAAGCUUAGUUAUAGUUAGUAUAUAUAUUAUAUGUAUCAACACUAAAAAAUAAAAGUAAAAAACAUAUAGAUAAUA